AUGAUUUUGUUUUGGCGCAUAUCCUAAGGGUUUCUUUUUCCCUCGGAGUGAAUGAACGUAAAAUUUCACUUUCCCUCUCAUUUUCGAAACAAUGUUGCUUUGGGGCGCCUUCGUCUUAGUUACAAGUUAGUCACUUAGUUCCAUUCUCACCCGCACUGCAAGUGAAAAUAUUGUGCAGCCGGUGGAAUGUGAAUUGAUACAUACAAUUGCAGAAGUUUCCCUUUCUGCGUUUUAGUGUGAGAUUGAGAGAAUUAAGGUGGCUGGAUUUUGAUUUGGAUUCUUUAUUAUUCCAUGGAUUGCAACAAGGAUGAGGCUGUGAGGGCUAGGCAAAUUGCUGAGAGUAGAAUGCAAAGGGGUGAAUUUGUGGAGGCACUCAAGUUUGCGACCAAGGCCAAAAGCCUCUAUGCUAACGUUGAAAACAUUGCUCAGAUCAUUGCGGUUUGUCAGGUUCACAAUGCUGCACACAACAAGCUCUUUGGCUCUGACAUGGACUGGUAUGCAAUUCUUCAGACUGAAGGGUUGGCUGAUGAAGCAACCGUGAAGAAACAAUAUAGGAAGCUUGCGCUUCUGCUUCAUCCUGAUAAGAAUAAAUUUGCUGGUGCAGAAGCUGCUUUCAAGUUGAUUGGGGAAGCCAAUGGGGUGUUGAGUGACCAAGUAAAGCGUUCUUUAUAUGACAUGAAGUUUAAAGCCUCUGUUAGAGUUGCUGCUCCUAAGACCCCACUCCAUCCCUCAAAUGAAAAUGUGUUUGCCACAAAAAAUCAUGGAAAUGCAACAAAUUAUCAGAAGGGUUUUUAUUCGAACCCUGCUUCUUCCAACCAGCAAUCUGAGCUGAGCACAUUCUGGACAUCUUGCCAACAUUGUAAUACUAAGUACCAGUACUACACACAUGUUGUAAAUGCAACUUUGCGCUGUCAGAAAUGUUUGAAAGCCUUUAAAGCUCAUGCUUUUAGUUUUGGAUAUCAGGGUGUCACCCUAGUAUAUACUACGGUGAAUAUCAAGAAAGAGCGUCCAACGCAUGGUCACCCAAAACCAGCCUGCAAUCCUGUAUCUAUCAAAAAAUGUGAUACUGGAGUUGGAGGUCUCUGUAAAGGUGAAGAGAGUAAAGAUGGCUGUGUUCCUGCUUCAAAAGCCAUGGAGUCACAAAGCUCUAAAAAUGUUGGCAGUAAGAGAGUAAGGCAGUCAGCACCAGAUGCAAGAGAAAGUUCAAAUGCUGGUAAGGGUGAUGACGUGAAAGAUGGCAAUGUUCGAGAAAAUGAUGUUGAUCCUUCAAGACUUAAUGUAAGGAGAUCUUCCAGGCAAAAGCAUCAUGUUUCAUAUAUGGAAACCUCUGAUGUUGACGAUUUUCAGGGUCCUUUGAAAAAACCACAACAAAGUGGAUCAUUUGAUGCCAAUGAAGUUGAGAAAGAGAACGUGCCUGCAGGUGGUGGGUCUUCCAGUAACAAUAAUCCAGCUGGUGCGAUUGAUCAGAGCACAGAGGUGAGGAACAAAGUAAGUAAUCCACAUGAAGAAACAUCUUCAUGUAACAAAAGCAAAGUCAAGCAAUCUCAUGCUCAAGGAGAGAAGGUAUCCGAGUCAGACUUUGAUCUUAGAACAUCAGAAGAGGAGAACUGCUCUCCAUUGAAUUCAAAUGUCUGCUCUAGUCCAGAGAUCAUUCAUUGUCCUGAUGCAGAUUUCAAUGAUUUUGAGAAGGACAAAGCUGAGGGUUGUUUUGCUGUUAACCAGUUGUGGGCAAUUUAUGAUACCGCUGAUGCGAUGCCAAGAUUUUAUGCUCUUGUCAAGAAAGUGACCUCCCCCUUCAAGUUGCAGAUUAAUUGGUUGGAACCUGACCCAGAUGACGAAUGUGAGAUUGAUUGGAAUGAUGCAGAUUUGCCUAUUGGUUGCGGUAAGUUCAAGCUUGGCGGUUCUCAGAAAACCACAGAUCGUUCUAUGUUCUCUCAUCAGAUGCAGUGCGUAAAAGGAAGUGGCAAACGUUCUUAUCUUGUAUAUCCUUGUAAGGGAGAAACAUGGGCAAUUUUCAGAGACUGGGAUAUCAAAUGGAGUUCUAAUCUAGAAAAUUAUUUGGGGCAUGACUUUCAAUAUGUGGAAAUCAUAUCAGAUUUUGCUGAGAAUGUUGGCAUUGAAGUUGCUUAUCUGCGCAAGGUGGAAGGGUUUGUUAGCCUCUUUCAGAAAAUGAAGAAUGGAGUGAACCUAUUCCGUGUUCAACCUAAUGAGCUAUAUAGGUUCUCGCAUCGAAUUCCUUCAUAUAAAAUGACUGGUAAUGAAAGGAAAGGUGUUCCAAGAGGAUCUUUUGAACUUGAUCCUGCUGCCCUGCAUACUAAUAUCUUUGAAGUUGGUGAUUCUGGUAAUGUGAAGAUGGUGAAUGGAACGUUCAACACUGUAGUGGAGCAGGGGGUGGCUAAUGAGUACUGGCGAGGUAAGAUUUCUCAAUCCUUGGAAGAUCAUCAAAGGGACAGUGAAAGAAUGGAUAAUGGUCGACAAACAUGAGAUAGCUAAUGAGGGGGUGAAAACACCUUAGACAUGAAGAAAUUCUUGGACAGCUGAUUUCCUCAUUUUGUGUUUUGAUUAACCUAGAAAUGCUUCCAACUCUGUAUACCUUUUGGUUUUGACACUGAUCUUGUGUGAUGUCUAUUGCGAUCCUUGAGUGUGUCUAAGCAUUGUACUCCCCCAUUUUUCUUUGAUAAGUUCGGUUUUUGUUUUU